AUCAGUACAAUUUUUUCAUAAAAUGGAAAAAAGAAGUUGCGUAUCCCAAAAUUAUCGUUUUCCCUUCGACUACAGCUACUUAGUUUUUUCAAAUAUUCGUUAGGGGUUAUUAUUCACAUAAAUUAUGAAGAUAGAUAGACAAUCACGAGAAAAUUAUCUUUUUCAGAGGAAGACCUUAAACAAUCCGAGAGUUCUAGAAAUUUCCGAGCAAAUCGACUUUCUCCCUUCUUCAAUCGAUUUUCUCGUUGCGUGUUUCGCCCCUAUUUUUCCCGACCUUGAUCCGCGUUGAAAGCACUCACCGCAUGCAAAACCCUCAUCCCUCCAUCACCGUUCACCACGGAAGUAUUAAUACUACAGCGCCUAAAAAUACUAGAUAAGCUUGCCAAUACGCCCUCUCCUGUCCUCCGGAAUACCGUAGAAUCUUCUCGACACGGAAUCAAAUUUACAAAAACCCCUGUCACUCGUGGGUCCCUCCAAAAACCAAAAAUCUCAUUCAGGCCGCAUAAAACUGAAUAGUCUCGAAUUUGCGGACUACAAGUUUUCAUAUAAAAGUCAAUCGUUUCUAAGUUCCCUCAAUUCACAUUCGUUCGCUGAUUGGUCGAUACCAUAUAAAUACCGGCCGGCCUACGCGCUUCGUCAGUAUUCAAAAACUACUGAAAGUGUCAACUGCGUUGAGGCACACCUCAUCACACGUUUUACGUAAUUCUUUAUUACGCACAAGUGAUUGGAGUGCAUCACAUCAGGGAUUUCCAUUGAAUAGUCUCCGUCUCCGAACAACUACUUCUCUAACAAAAGAAACCGCAUCCAAUAAAUAUCCGAAGAAUGCCAGCGGUUGGCAUAGACCUGGGUACCACCUACUCCUGUGUGGGAGUAUGGCAGCAUGGAAAAGUCGAGAUAAUCGCUAACGAUCAAGGAAACAGAACAACACCAUCGUAUGUAGCCUUCACAGACACAGAACGAUUGAUCGGCGAUGCUGCCAAGAAUCAAGUUGCUAUGAAUCCCACCAACACAGUAUUCGAUGCCAAGCGACUCAUCGGUCGACGCUACGAUGACGCAAAAGUGCAGCAGGACCUGAAGCAUUGGCCAUUUAAAGUGGUCAACGAGGGAGGAAAGCCAAAGAUUCAGGUGGAAUUCAAAGGGGCGAGAAAAGUCUUCGCCCCUGAGGAGAUAAGCUCGAUGAUUCUGACCAAGAUGAGGGAGACAGCCGAGGCAUUUCUCGGAUGUCAAGUUCGAGACGCCGUGAUAACGGUGCCAGCUUACUUCAACGAUUCCCAGCGUCAGGCGACGAAGGACGCGGGUGCCAUUGCAGGACUCAAUGUGUUGCGAAUUAUAAACGAACCGACAGCUGCAGCUCUCGCUUACGGCCUUGAUAAGAAUCUCAAAGGCGAGAAGAACAUUCUGAUUUUCGACCUGGGUGGGGGCACCUUCGACGUGUCGAUACUGUCGAUCGACGAGGGAUCCUUGUUCGAAGUAAAAGCAACUGCUGGUGACACUCACCUAGGGGGAGAGGACUUUGACUCGCGGCUUGUCCGGCAUUUUGCCCAGGAAUUCGAGAGGAAGUACAGGAAGGAUUUGACGAAAAAUCCUAGGGCUUUGAGGAGACUUAGGACUGCUGCAGAACGAGCAAAGAGGACCCUCUCAUCGAGUACUGAAGCCUCUUUGGAGAUUGACGCUCUCUACGAGGGAAUCGACUACUACACAAAAAUCUCGAGAGCGCGCUUCGAGGAACUCUGUUCCGAUCUUUUUCGAGCGACCCUGGAACCCGUGGAGAAGGCCUUGAAUGAUGCCAAGAUGGAUAAAAAGACUGUCAAUGAUAUUGUCCUGGUGGGGGGCUCCACCAGGAUUCCAAAGAUUCAGUCCUUGCUUCAGGGAUUUUUCAAUGGCAAACAACUGAAUCUGUCGAUUAAUCCGGAUGAAGCGGUUGCUUAUGGAGCUGCUGUUCAAGCUGCUAUUCUGACAGGAGCUGGUAACACCAGUUCUGCCCUUCAGGAUGUCCUUCUCGUCGACGUGACUCCAUUGUCACUGGGAAUUGAAACUGCUGGGGGGGUCAUGACGACUCUCAUAGAAAGAAACGCAAGAAUUCCAUGCAAACAAAUGCAAGUCUUUACGACUUAUUCUGAUAAUCAACCUGGGGUAGCGGUUCAAGUGUUCGAGGGCGAGAGGGCUAUGACGAAGGAUAAUAAUUUACUGGGAACAUUUGAGUUGACUGGAAUUGCACCAGCGCCCAGGGGAGUUCCUAAAAUCGAAGUGACAUUCGAUCUCGAUGCUAAUGGGAUUCUUCAUGUGACAGCUAAGGACACGGGAAGCGGCAGGUCCAGGGAUGUGACUAUUAGGAAUGACAAGGGACGACUCAGUCGUGCGGAGAUUGAUAAAAUGCUGAGAGAUGCGGAGAUGUACAGGGAGGACGAUCAGCGACAGAGGGAACGAGUAGCUACCAGGAAUAAACUCGAGGCUUAUGUUUAUUCGGUGAAGCAGGCUGUCGAGGAGAGCGGGGGUAAGCUCACCGAUGGUGAUAGGAGAAAAGUUUUGGAGAUGUGUGAGGAUACAAUCAAGUGGUUAGAAGGUAAUACGCUGGCUGAUAGGGAGGAGUGCCAGCACAAGCUGGAGACACUGCAAACACAAUGCUCACCGAUCAUGGCAAAACUCCAUAGAAGUGCACAGAAUUCUGGGGGUGAUGGGCCGACUAUUGAAGAAGUUGAUUGAAGCGGUGGAGAUAUUCCAGCAUGUGGUGCGGUAAUUAAAUUUCAAGACCUGUGGAACAUUUUUUUGACAGAUUUCUGUAAUUAAUUGGUUAGUGGUUUAUGAGUAAUCGUUAUUUGGGAAGGGUUUUUUUGGUUCAAUAUCUUGCCAACAUUUUUUAAAACCAUUUGGUAAAGAAAUAAAUAUAGGAAAAUUGCGGAAUCUUCCUUCAAUUCAUGAUGUAUUUUGAAUGCAGAGGAGCAAGACAAUUCUUGGAUAUAUUUUUUAUUUUGCAAUUAAUAGUUAAAAUAGUUGAAACUCCAUAAUUUGUCCCAUUUUAAUUGUAUUAAAUGCCUCACCUUUCUUACAAUUACUUGUCGACUAUUGAAAAAAUUUCGUUUUUCUAACGUGAAUACAAUCAUUGAAAAUUGUUGGAGUAAAAUUAUGACGCUUGUAGGCCAUCAGUUUUGGAUUGGUGAAAUAGAAUAAGUCAAUGGCUCUAAAGACACUCGAAUACUUCAAGAGAAAAUAAUGCAGACUUUUCAAACAUAAAUACAAUCAUGGAAAAAAGAUCCUACCAAGAAAAAUCAAAACCUUUUCUUACGAAGAGGUUGAAGCAAUGUGAAUUAUCUAUUUGUAUUCAGGAUAUGCGCAAUUUAUGGAGCUGUUAAUUGCCCGCGUUCCCCAUAUUUUACUUUAUUCUUAUUUUCUCCUCAGAAAUUCUACAGCAUUACUGUUUCACACCACUUGUGUCCAAACGAAGACCAUAGAGUAUCGCAAAUAAAAAUUUCCUUUUUUUUUGUAGCAAAACAUUUUCUGUAAUGAGUAUCUCAAAUUUAAGUUCAUUUUCAAUUCAUUCGUUGCGACUUCUCAGCAAAUAAGUAUUCAAACUAAUUAUAGCAUAAAGUUAAAAAAUGUUUCAGUGUCCUCUUGACCGAGUUUUACGAUCGUGGAUACAGGUUUCUUUCUUGUAUGACAGCCUGAAAACAGCGGUUUUAUACCAGACCCUUAUUUGUGUAGCUCGUUGGUCAUGAUGAUUCAUAGAUUAUUUUAAUCGUUGUCAUCACACAUCCUGUUCACUCGGAAGCACUUUGAUGAUUUAUUGACAAAGAUACCCAUAGUGAAAAUGAAUAAAGGCAUUUACGAAAAAAAGGAUAUGAUUAUAGUUAAUCUGUUAGACUCAUAGAUUAUCCGUAUUCGAUGCCAAUGUAUUUAGUCAUGAUGUAUUCUCAAUGGGCCAAAAGGUUGUUUAGAAUUUUUUUUAAUCCUCAUAUAAUUGAAUGGGUAAUAUUCUUUGAGCUGAAAAAAGUAUCCAUUUGUUCGAAAUUAUCGUCGACACUAGAAGGAUGAAUUUUUGGAAAAAAAGCAAAUUCUAUAAGUUCGGCAUAGUUGAAUUUUAAAUGACUUAUGAUAAUUCACCAUUUCCAUGGUAAUAAAAUGGCUUUGACUUUCUAAGAAUAGAGUAGUUUUAAUCUAAGCCCAUUGCUUCUGCUGUUACGAAAUGUGAUUCACUAAGCUAGGAUUGACUGAUAUUUUAUAUGAUAUUGUUACUUAAACGAAUAAAAAUAAAUGUUUUGAGUAGUAUUAUCAUAAAAUCAUGCUUUAGGUAAAGAUUAAUCUUUUGUAAUCUUGAAGAGACCAAUUGCUUCUUUAGAAGUCUUUAUUUCCAGCUCGAUGAAUGUCUCCUCAUAGAAGGAAAUAAAAAGUGCCAGGUGAGACAUUAAUUUUUUCUCUUUAUUUCUGGAAGUUAUUUAUAAGGAGAAUUAAGUUUCACCACGUCACUGUAUACUGUCGUGAAGUUUCAAGGCAAAAUUUCUAAAUUUUCACUGUGAUUUUGGGGAAUGGAAAUUACAUCAAGAAAGUUGCGAAUUAAACAUUUUCAACGCAAAAUAUUUCGUCCUAAAAAAGAAAAACGUUUGCCACGAAAACCCAAUGUAGUCAGUUCUUGUAAGGAUUCACAACAAAUUUUCUUACAAGUAAAUAAAAAACAAAUAAAAUGCUGCGAAGAGUAAAGUUGUGUAAUGAUUAGAUAAAAACAGUAGGAAUGAAAAA